GAAGAAGAAGCGGCCAUUUUGUUAGACGUUUGACGGCUAGGGAGAUUAGCUGACGCCUUUCGUAUUGUUUUUUUUUUACCUUACCCUCACAAAUUGGAGGUGUAAUUACACUGGUUCUUAUAAUUGAUCAAGUAUAAUUUAUUUUGCGAACAGGGUCGACCUCGUUUUUAAAACUGUAAAGAAGAUAGGACAAUAUUUUGUAUCAUAUUCGUGCGAGAUCCUGCUAACCAUUCAUGUUGCAAGCGUGUGCGGUGUUUAUUAGCCAGGAACACAGGGCCUUUUCAGCUCUCAUGGCCAUCUAUCGAUUUUUUUAAACAGCUGUCUGCCCCGUGAACGCACAAAUUAGCAAAACUUUUAUCUUUCACUCAAUUUGUAUUACCCAAAUUAGAUUAGAGACUCCUUGGAAUAUCGCUUUGCUAGCUUGUUUUGCUAGCUAAUCGACAGAACCCCGCGUGCGCCAUUAGCUGUGAACGUGAAUUAGCCAUUAGCUAGCUUGCUAACUACUUCCUAAUCUAACUUCGAGACCAUGGCAGAGUUGUACAUUCGCGUGGCAGAGGAUGAAAACGAAGAGCCAAUGGAGAUCCCAUCGGAGGAUGAUGGGACUGUUUUGCUGUCAACGGUUGCAGCCCAGUUUCCAGGAGCGUGCGGCCUACGUUACAGGAACCCUGUGUCUCAGUGCAUGCGAGGCGUCCGUCUAGUUGAGGGAAUCUUGCAUGCACCUGAGAAUGACUGGGGUAGUCUGGUGUACGUCGUCAACUACCCAAAAGAUAACAAAAGGAAAAUGGAUGAAAUGGAUGCUGCCUCUGCGGUUAAAAUGAAGAGGAGUAUCGAGAAAACAUCAGACCUCAUUAUCCUUGGUUUGCCUUGGAAAACGUCUGAGCAAGAUUUGAAAGACUACUUCGCCACUUUUGGAGAAGUCAUCAUGGUGCAGGUCAAAAGAGAUGUUAAGACUGGGAACUCAAAGGGUUUUGGUUUUGUUCGGUUCACUGAGUACGAGACUCAAUCCAAAGUGAUUUCUCAGCGACACAUGAUUGACGGAAGAUGGUGUGACUGCAAACUACCCAACUCUAAGGCAGGUCCCGAUGAGCCUAUGCGCAGCCGUAAAAUAUUUGUUGGCCGCUGCACAGAGGACAUAACCACUGAUGAGCUCCGGCAGUUCUUCAUGCAGUAUGGCGAGGUCACUGACGUCUUCAUUCCCAAACCCUUCCGGGCUUUCGCCUUUGUGACUUUCGCAGAUGACCAGGUUGCUUCAGCCCUGUGCGGAGAGGACCUGAUCAUCAAGGGUGUCAGCGUGCACAUCUCUAACGCUGAGCCUAAGCACAAUAAUAUUAACUCUUCUUUUCUUUUUUUGUUGUUGAAUUUCCUGGAAAGAAGCCCCUCAUUGGCAGCAAUGUUCGACCAAACUCAGUAUCAGUACCCCUCUUCCCAUGUGUAAAUGCUUUGCCAUUGAAAGACACAGCUUCACUCUGCAUAUACUGUGUUAGACGGUGGGUGUUGUCUUUAUCUCCCCUUUUUAUGGAUCAAAACAUCUUGUCUGCUUUAUCACUUGAGAACAAAGCGAUUGGUAGUGGCCAAAGAGUGAGAGACUGAGUGGGAAAAGCAGUGUGUAAAGGACUGGUUGUGCGAUGCUGAAGAGACAGAUGUCUGCGAGAGUUGAGAAGAACCUGUGGCUUUGUGCGAGUGUGUUCCAUAUGACCAUCAAAAGGACAUUCAUCGUAUCUUGAGAUCCCGAAGGUCUCCUUUCUCUAUUUCUAUCAAGCUUAAUCUUGAACACAAUGGAAUGUUUAGCGCUAUGAAUAUUUGUAUCCUUUCUUGCUGUCUGAUUUGAUGUGGAUGCUGUAUGGUGUGUGUGCUUCAUUUUCUUCUUGUUCCUACCCCUUUCCGUGUGAAAAUGUGACCUUCUGUUGGUGAUUGUCUGUGUUGAGAGCACUGGGGGAGCUUGGAGGAUUGUGAACUCGGUGUGUCUUAAGAGGGUGAAGUGGCAAGCGUUUGACGAGCUAUUGACAUUUUGUGUUAUAGUGUUUUUGAAUGCAUUUUAUAUGUUUUGUGAAUCAAAGGGAAUUCUCAAAUAAAACACAAUUUGACCAGGUAUGUUGCCUACCUGACAGUAAUUUAGUUUAAACAUUUUGGACUGUUAAAGUUAAUUGAACUGCGAACACUUUCAUUCGCAUGUAUAGGAACCCUGGACACUGCCGGCUCAGGUUUACAUCAAAACCCCAGAGUGAAGUCAAUUUUCGGGAAGCUGAAGACUGGAGUUUGAUGCACUGUUGGUUGGGGGCAGGCAACAAGCCAAUAGUGGAGAUGCUGCAGAAUGCCUUAUGUUUGAAAAGGGACUUCUUCGCCCCACUAACAAGACCCUUUGGACCACCCCAUUGAAAUUUAAAACGGACCAUUCUCAAUUGGUUAGAGGUAUUCGGUUUAUACCGUCAAAUUAGUCAAUCCUGAUUUUAUAUUUUAAAAAUAAUAAUUAAAUCUGGCUUUUGAAAGAUUAAUUAGGUCAAAUUAUGCUUCGUCUCAAUACAGCCAUUGGUUAUGGUAAAUGAAAGUGCAAAGAUUUAAGUAAAGGCUUAUAUUUCAAGUAUUCUGUAGAUUUCUUUUUGAUUUGCUUUAAAAUGUAAAAUUUCAGUCGGAUUGGCAGGAUAUUCCGGAGUUAUUUUAACGCCGUAAAGGGGAAUGACUUGUUUGACUUGAGUGAAUUCUACGGGGUUUUGGAUAAUUUAUGAUUGAACUCACCAGCGGGAAUCAUAUCACUUCUGUACUGAUAUUGACCUCUUUAUUUUUAGUUCUCUAAAAUGUAAAAUAAAGUUUAACAUUUUGAAUCA